GUUACGGGCAGUGGGUCGAACCGUUUGGUAGAGAAAAAGUAGAAAGAAAGGCUAAUUCCAAGUCCGGUUCGCUUCAACCGUACUCUUCUUCUUCUUCUUCUUCUUCUCCGCUCGAUUCCUUCGCACCUAAUGCGCUUCUCUUGGUAGUUUCUAGACUAGAUAUGAUAGAGAGAGAGAGACGAAAGGGUUUUGUGUCUGUGGGCUUGACUUUGCUUUUCUGGGUGUGGUAAUGGUAUAUUCGCCAAUCAAGAAGAAAGUGGGGGAAUAUUAUCAGUUUUGCUGAGAAUAGGAAGAAAAUACAGAAAUGGGGAGGCACCAGAACCACCGUUCUUUGAGGAGUAAAGCUGCCCACUUCGUAUCUGAUCUCACCGUCUUCCUCAACCCCAUCUCUGAUAAGCCCUCCAAGCCUAACCAACCCCCUUCUCCUCCUUCUGAAAAUCAGACUGAACCAGGAAGAAGUCAGCUAGAGUCAAUUGAAGAAGAGGGUUCUGAAGAUUUAGCUGAAGGGCCUGACACGUCUUCAUUUACUGCAUUUCUUUAUUCCCUGUUAUCAUUAUCAGAAGCUGGAACUGAUUCGAACCAUGAUGGGCAGAUUGAGUAUCAAGACGAGAUGGAUGAUCGUGUACCUCAGUCAAUGAUGAAAGACAGUAGUGGAAAGAAAAGUUUAUUUUCAAGGGGUAAACAAUCUGUUGGAAGAGCUUUUCAUCAUGCUGCGAGAUUAGGUGGCUUUCGAAAUCAGGCCUCAGAACGUAAGGGCAGUUCUGACAUGAAAAUCGACGGUGCAAAUGAUUCUAAGGUUGUUGAAGAAGAUUGCAUUGGUAAGAAAGUUUUGAAUGAGACUGGUACAGAACAGGAUCUUCCAGAAAUUUCUGAACCCUCAUUGCUUCUGUCUGAGAAAACACGGAGAACUCUUUAUCUUGCACUCCCAGCUCUUGUUCAGGGAAGGAAAUGGGUUUUACUUUACAGCACAUGGAGGCAUGGCAUUUCACUUGCUACAUUAUACAGAAGAACCAUGCUCUGCCCUGGUCUCAGUUUGCUGGUUGUUGGAGACCGCAGUGGUGCAGUAUUUGGUGGCUUAGUUGAUGGACCCUUAAGACCAACAAACAAAAGAAAAUAUCAGGGAACGAAUAAUUCAUUUGUUUUUACUAGCAAAUCUGGACAUCCAGUUAUAUUUUGGCCCACAGGAAUUAAUCGGUACUUCACUUUGUGCACCACUGACUUCCUAGCCCUGGGAGGGGGAGGACACUUCGCACUUUAUUUGGAUGGCGAUCUAUUAAACGGAUCAAGCUCAGCAUCGGAAACAUAUGGAAAUUCUUGCUUGGCAUGCAGUGAAGAUUUUGAAGUAAAGGAAAUUGAGUUGUGGGGUUUUGUCUAUGCUUCUCAGUAUGAGGAGAUAAUUUCUAUGUUGCGUACAGAAGCACCUGGGAUUUGUCGAUGGUGAAUGAUCUUCUCGCAUGAAGUGAACUGUGCCCCAAAUCAUCCAUCGAAAUGGUGCUUCAGUUGCCUACUCAACUCCCGAUGUUGAUUGCUGACUCUGGUAACAUCUGGCAGUGGAUCAUAUAAUCGAGACAUUUGACAUACGCAUAGUAACCUUGUACAUAUAUACCCUGUUCUGUGUAUAUAGAAUGUUCUUGUGUAUGUCCUAAGCCGUGAUCUUGUGCAGUUUGUUAUCCCUGUCUGGCUAGCUAAAUCUAACGUUUCACUUAAUUUUC